UUCAGCAACUAAACAGUGGGACAAAGACAAGAUGCACUGCCGACCGCUCGUUGCCACGCCCGCACUGAACACGCGAGCUACUCCUAGUCUCCUACCGCAGCAGCCGAGCCGAUGGCAUCCGCCGCGACGCGCGCGGCGAAGCCAGGGCUCCUGCUCCUGCGCCGCACGGACGCCACCUUCACCGCGGCGCUGCGGGCGCGCUUCCGCAUCCACGACUUCUACGCCUCGGGCGCGCCGCUCCCGGCCUUCCUCACGGCCGCCGCGGCGGAGGCGGACCCCCCGCGCGCCGCGCUCGUGCUGGCCGGCGGCGCCAUCCAGGUCGACGCCGCGUUCCUGGACGCCGUCCCCUCCCUCGGCUGCGUCGUCACCACGGGCGCCGGAGUGGACCACGUCGACCUCGCCCAGUGCGCGCGCCGCGGCGUCGUCGUCGCCUGCGCGGGCGAGAUCUUCUCCGUCGACGUCGCUGACCACGCCGUCGGUCUCCUCAUCGGCGUGCUCCGCCGCGUCGCGGCCGCCGACCGCUACGUCCGCGCUGGGCUCUGGCCGGCGCAAGGGAACUACCCGCUUACCACCAAGCGGCAAGCGCGUGGGCAUCAUCGGUCUGGGCAGCAUCGGCUCAAGGAUCGCCAAGCGUCUCCAGGCAUUCGGCUGCGCCAUCUCCUACCACUCGAGGGCGCCCAAGGCGUCCGUCCCCUACCGCUACUUCCCCGACGUGCACGCGCUCGCCGCGGACUCCGACGCUCUGAUCGUCGCGUGCGCGCUCAACGACGCGACGCGGCGUAUCGUCGGGCGCCGCGUGCUGGACGCGCUGGGCCCGGAAGGCGUCCUGGUGAACAUCGCGCGCGGCGGGAACGUGGACGAGCAGGAGCUGGUCUUGGCGCUGCAGGAUGGGAGGAUCGCCGGCGCGGGCCUCGACGUCUUCCAGAACGAGCCGCACGUGCCGCCGGAGUUGGGAGACAUGGACAAUGUUGUUCUGACGGCGCACGAGGCUGUGUUCACCGAGGAAUCUGCCGCUGACCUCCGCGAGCUCAUGAUUGGGAACCUCGAAGCCUUCUUCUCCGGGAAGCCGUUGCUGACGCCCGUGCUUAGUCGUCCAUAGUACAUAGCAUAGCUGAUUGAUGAGAUUGGUACAGUAUGAGUUGAUUCUAUAUAAUCUUACUGCAAUUGGAGUGCAUAGCAUCUAUGUGUGUUGUGGCUGCCAGUGGCAACUUCAGUGCAGAGCAAUGCAAGUGCCGGAAUGCAGGAAUUAGCUAUUUUUAGGAUCCAGCACACUUAAUUGAGUUCAGGUUGAAUAAAGCGACACUGAUAGUUAAAUUCAUCAUGCAUCUUGCGCUA